AUGUCAAUAUUAUUCAAAAACAUAGUAAUAGUGCAGGAUACUGGCAACACUAAGCCGUUGAUGACGAUUGCCUUUCCCAUCGCCGACAUAACCGGUUACCGGUCACCGGUAUUCAUUUGUCAUUUUCACGCCGUUGUCGUGUGGUGUCGGUGUCAAUUUUCUAACGCUGCAGUUUUUUUCAUUUUCAACAAAAUGCCCCUGCAACUGACCAAGCCCGCCCCCCAGUUCAAGACCACUGCGGUGGUGAACGGCGAGUUUAAGGACGUCGCGCUCUCGGACUACAAGGGCAAAUAUGUCGUGCUGUUCUUCUAUCCUUUGGAUUUCACGUUCGUGUGCCCCACCGAGAUCAUCGCUUUCUCGGAGCGCGCAGAUGAUUUCCGCAAGAUCGGGUGCGAAGUGAUCGGCGCCUCCACCGACUCUCACUUCACUCACCUCGCCUGGAUCAACACUCCUCGUAAACAGGGCGGCCUCGGCCCCAUGAACAUCCCGCUGAUCAGCGACAAGUCGCACCGCAUCUCGCGCGACUACGGCGUCCUCGACGAGGAGUCCGGCAUCCCCUUCCGCGGCCUCUUCAUCAUCGACGACAAGCAGAACCUGCGCCAGAUCACCAUCAACGAUCUGCCUGUUGGACGUUCCGUAGAUGAGACACUCCGUCUGGUCCAAGCGUUCCAGUUCACAGACAAGCAUGGUGAGGUGUGUCCGGCCAACUGGACCCCCGGAGCAAAGACCAUCAAGCCGGACACAAAGGCUGCCCAGGAGUACUUUGUGGAUGCCAAC